AUGUCAUCUGGUUCUACACCUACUACCGCUACUCCCGAAGAACUAUAUAGGAAUUCACCGGAUGGAAACUUUCCGUGGGUGGUUCAGAAAUAUGGAGGUACUUCAGUGGGAAAGAGUCUAGACAGUAUCACCAAAAUAGUAGAAUCGUAUAUCUCGAACAAAACCAAUGUCGCAAUAGUCUGCUCAGCUCGAUCGUCACAUACAAAAGCAUUGGGAACUACCAACCUCCUCUUACAAGCCUCGAGAGAAGCUCUAGCUCCUCCUUCAAGUUCAUCUUUAUCUGAAAAAUCAGGAAGUACCACACCCUUCUUUCCUAAGAGGGUUGGAUCAGGUUUCUUCGGUAAAGAUGCAUUGUCAUCAUCUAUCUCAUCCCUCACUCAAUUAGAUCUGAACAAUACGAGAUCUUCUUCACCUUCUCCAUUUACAUCUUCGUCAAACCGAUCGAGAACUCCACCCAAGUCACCUACAGCUCAGGAAGAUGAGCCAAACGAGGAAGAAGAGGGGUUCCACAAGACGGUUGAUCUCAUUAAGAAAGGACACUUGGAAGCUGCUAGGAAUAGUCUGAAAGCUGGACCGUUGAGGGAUGAAUUGGAAGAGGAGAUCGAAAGGGAUUGCGAGAGCUUGAGAGGUUUCUUAUAUGCUGCUCAAAUAAUAGAUGAGAUCAGUCCGAGAAGUCAAGAUUCCAUUGUUGGUACAGGUGAGAGAUUAGCUUGUAAAAUAGUAGCAGCAGCUUUGAGGGAUAGAGGAGUGGAUUCAGAAUUGGUCGUAUUGGAUAACAUAGUCGACUCAUCUUUCGCUGCUGUCGGAGGGGAUGCUGCGCUCACUGCAGCAGGUGAUCAAGGUGUUGCUCAAUUAGGUCAGGAUUUCUAUGAUCACCUUGCUGUGAAAUUGGGUGAGAGGUUGAAGGAAUGUGGACAGAGAGUACCAGUGGUUACCGGUUAUUUCGGUCCAGUCCCAGGCUCACUCCUCGCCCAAAUUGGUCGAGGCUACACCGACCUCUGUGCCGCAUUAUGUGCCGUAGGAUUAAAAGCAUCCGAAUUGCAAGUAUGGAAAGAAGUAGAUGGUAUAUUCACUGCCGAUCCUCGUAAAGUCAAAUCAGCAAGAUUGGUUCCAAUCAUCACUCCUGACGAAGCGGCCGAAUUGACUUAUUACGGUUCAGAGGUAAUUCACCCAUUUACGAUGGAACAAGUUAUAAGAGCUAGAAUACCAAUCAGAAUAAAAAAUGUAGAAAACCCUUCGGGGGGCGGAACGAUCAUUUAUCCUGAUGAGAGUUUCCCAAGAAGUUUGCAAACUGAGAAACCACCCCAGGCGGAAUUGACUAUAGAAGAAAGGAUGCCCACGGCUGUUACAAUCAAGGAUAGUAUUAUAGUCUUGAAUAUACAUUCUAAUAGGAAGACUUUAUCACAUGGAUUUUUGGCGAGGAUAUUUGGAACGUUGGAUAGAGCUGGGGUUGUUGUAGAUUUGAUUUCUACGAGUGAAGUUCAUGUCUCAAUGGCAAUGCAAUCUUUCACUCACCGACAUCGACUCACCCGACUAUUAUCUGACCUAGAGAAGAUUGGUGAUGUUUCUGUAUCGAAGGAAAUGGCAAUUCUGUCAUUGGUAGGAAGGAAUAUGCGGAACGCAAUUGGAUCUGCAGGAGCGAUGUUCACUGCUUUGGCUAAAGCUGGAGUAAAUAUCGAGAUGAUCUCUCAAGGUGCUAGUGAGAUCAAUAUCUCAUGUGUUAUCGAAGAGAAAGACGCCAUCAAAGCGCUGAAUGUCAUCCAUGAUUCGUGUUUGACUUACCCACCUUCGCCUGCCAGAUUCUCUGAGGGACUACAGCUGAAGGCUUAG